AUGAGCGAUGACGCCUCCCCCCGCUGGACGGCGCGCGGCGACGAGACAUCGCCACGUGCCGCGGGAGCCCCGAGCGCGCCGCCGCCGCCCGUCGAUAGAGAAGACGACGAAGCCGACGACAACGGCGACGUGGGCGAUGCCGCGCGGUCCCCGUCCCGGUCGCGCUCCGAGUCGCGGCCCCGGCGCAAGAAGAGGAGCCGCAAGAAGCGAAACCCCGGCCUCGCCAAGAAGCUCACAUUCAUCACACACCUCCUCAAGACGCUCGACCUCGUCGUCUUUGCCGAGCUGAGCGCCCUGUACUAUAUGGAAUGCUCCAUGUUUCGCUUCCUGCUGCGCGCUGCCGGCCAGUACACCUACCUGACGCCCAAGGACAACUCCUUUCCAUUCUUCAUGCCCGCCAGCCGUCUACACGUCCUGCUCGUCGUAAUACCCAACCUCGUUUGCAUGCUACUACACCUAUUCGGCCGUCUGCCACACGGGCCUGGCUUCCACAGGGGAUACCAGCACGGCGGGCUCAUCAUCGACUUUGUCGGGCAGCGGCCCCCGACCUACCGACUAUACUACGUUCUAGCAGACGUAGUCAUACUUGCCGUGCAGUGCCUGAUGCUCACGGUGCAUACACAAAGGGAGAAGCUGCGCGUCGCCCUCAAGACGUUUAGGCCGCUGGUGCCGGACAUUGCGCAGGAGCUGGCGACUGCACGGUCCGCCGAGGAUUUGGAUGCGGAGGAACGCGGUGUGCUGCGGCACGCACCGGGCGUCGACAUAGAUGACGUCGAAGACGGCGAUGUGGAGCUUCGGACGUUGAAUCCAAACGGGCAGGAAGGCGAGGGGAGUGAACGCAUGGAAGCGUCGGGCUCACUGCUGCGGCCAGUCGCGACUGAAGCCAGCUCGAGAUCCCAACUAUCGGAUAUUAUGAACUCGGGCAACGCGGUCCUCGGCGAGUACCACAUCAUCCGCUCGCUCGCCUCCGCGGCGAUUGAUCUCGAACGCUCCGCAGCCAACUCGCUCCAGACUAUUGGCUACGGUGCGACUUUGGCAGCUCUGCGGGCGAGGAGACAAGGUGCCGCGGCUCCAACGGCGACGCAGCAUCCCAAUAGAUAG